AUAUAUAUAUAUAUAUGCGUAUAUAUGUACAUAUGUAUAUAUAUACACAUAUCUCGUGCAUGAAACUUCAUAAUGGACGUGAAUGAGCUGGAUCAGGAUUUGCUGCAUCAGUUCAGUUGCCUUGGAACGACGGAUAAGGAUGAUCUCGUGAAACAGUUACAGAAGGUGUUGGCUGGAUGUCAGCUUAACGAGACCACAGCCGCUUUCUUCCUGGACAUGAACAAUUGGAAUUUGCAAGCAGCAAUAUGUAGUUAUUUUGACUUUGAAACGACGUGUAAUAAACUUCCAUGUAUGACAUUAGUGUGUGAUUCUACAAUCGGGGAAGGAGAAUCUGUGCCACCAAACACAAAAUUUAGGAAAUCAUGGCGUGUAGAAAACAGUGGCACAGAACCUUGGCCCGAAGGGGUUUGUUUGAACUAUACAAGUGGUGAACAAAUGGGAGAAUGUAUAAGAGUACCAGUUCCCUGUUUACCUGCCAAAGAGAUAAUAGAGCUUAGUGUGGAUUUAACAAGUCCUUCGGAUUUAGGUGUUUUUCAAAGUAAAUGGAGGAUGAUGACGUCAAAUGGCUCCUUUUUUGGCGACAUAAUAUGGGUGAUAAUAUCAGUAAGCGACAGUGGUACUCUGGCAGUUACUCAACAACUUCACCAACUAAGUACUUCACAAUCAAACGAUGAUCAGAUGUGGUAGCCUUAGUUUUUGACAACUCUUUGCGUGAUAAGAAAUCCUUUUUUUAAGAUAAUAAAACAAACAAAUUUUGUUAUUCUUUACAUACAAAUUUUUAU